UUUGUGCGAUGUUGCUGUUUGCAGGAUUUUUUCUCCUCCUUCGUUUCUCUCUCUCUCUCCCUCUCACUAGCUCUCACUCUUUCUCUCCAUCUAUCCACGAUUCCUCACCGGUAUUGGCCUUCGAUGAUCAAGUUCGACAGAGGCACCUGUAUGCAGACAGCAAACACCACAGCCUGUUUGUUGAGAUUUUAUCUAAUGGUACAGUGUCAGCAACUCAGAGUCAGACACCUUACACCGUUUUAGAGCUAAAAGCUGUUAAACCGGGUUACACAGCGAUUCGGGGUGUGAUGUCAUCACUGUACCUGUGUGUGAAUGCAGCCGGUCACUUAUUUGCUCUGGUGAGUCACAUGACUAAACUUACUCAACUUGUGCGAAAAAACUUGACAGCCAUUUUGAGAGUUACCUUUGUGGUGCUGGAGUUAAUACUGCUAAUCCUGCUCCUCACUCCAGACGAUAUCACACAAGAGAAAUGCACUCUAUUUCAAGGUCAUAUAUCUGAGAUAUGCCUAGACAAACUACACCCCCGUUUGGUUAACUCUCAGGGUGUGUUUCUGGAUGCUGAGUGUUCCUUUAGUGAGAUGUUACAGCCUGAUGGUUACACUCACUUCCUGUCUGCUCAGCACAGACUUCCUGUGUUCCUCAGUUUUAAUGGUCCUGGGAAACACACACUCACCUUCUCUCAGUUUCUACCACUUAGAACUCAUCAUCUGUUUAUAGAGAACCUGGGAUAUGAAGAACCAUCAAGUCUUCUAAAAGCCACAGAUUUUGAUUCAGAUGAUCCACUAGGAUUGACAAACACGCAUCAGGACCUGAGAAGUCCAUUGUUCCACAUCGACCAAUAAGAACGCAGAUCCUGAGGCAUAAGAACCUGAGGCA